GGAAUCUCGGGCGGAUACAAAGGCGAGAAUGCCAUCGUCAUUCGAGCAAUGCUUGCAUUCACCGCUAUCGCUUGGUACAAUGCCGCCGAAAUCGUCAUACUGGUCCUCGUCGUCUUUAAGCGAUACUCAGGUCUAUACUUCUGGUCCCUGCUCAUCACGGCUAUCUCCAUCAUUCCAUACUCUGUUGGCGCAUGGUUGAAACAGGUGGGAGAAGGCGAUGCUUUGGGCAUGAUCAUACUAUCGAGCAUAGGGUGGGUCGUCCUGGUGCCAGGCUCGAGUCUGGUCUUAUACUCUCGACUGCAUUGUAUCACGCAAAAUCGCAAGUUGCUUCGGAGCAUACUCUGGAUGAUAAUAAUCAAUGCAGUCAUCCUCACUGUCCCGACCAAUGUCCUGUCUCUUGGAUCCAACUCGAGCAAACCCCACUUGUUUACCUUCGGAUACUCUGUCAUGGAGAAAAUCCAGAUGACAAUUUUUUCGCUUCAAGAGUUGAUCAUAUCAUUCAUCUACCUCGUUGAGGUCCGCCGCAUUCUCAAAGUGGUUGACGACGGCCGCUUCCGAAAGAUCAUGUGGGAGCUGGUUGCGAUAAAUGUUGUGAUUAUCAUCCUUGAUACCGCGCUUCUUACUGUUGAGUACCUCGGCAUGUAUCAGAUUGAAGUCACACUGAAGGGGAUGUGCUACAGCAUCAAGCUGAAACUGGAAUUUGGUGUCUUGUCAAAAUUAGUCAAGAUAGCAACAGCUCGA